UAUAUACACACGCACAAACAAUCCAAAGAACACACAGAGGAGCAGGUGGCUGUCGUCGUCUUCGACGAGUUCACAUCGGUGUGAAGGCCAUGGGACUCUUCAGGGACGCCGGGAAAGCGUACAAGCCUGCCCCCGAGGUGGACCUCGGCGCCCACAGCGACGAGUUCUACCUGCAUGCCAACGUCAAAGCUCCUCGUGUGGCGGGGCUUCUCGUCAAGAUCUUCGUGUGGAUUCUCGAGUCGCCCAUCCUCGGAUCGAUCGUUCUCUACAUACUGAAGAAGGACAACCUCAUACAGAGGCUCGUCUCGGUCGCAGAGAUCCAGGAGCCGCCACUGUUCACUGCCACCCAUAGCAGCGAAGAUAUCUCAGAACAGAGUGUUACUCCCAUAAAGCCCAAUCUGUCGCCUGCCGAACGAGUUCAGGAAGCUGCAAGCUGCCUUCCUCCAUGCUUGGAUUCUUCCUUCACCGACUCGGCUUCCCAAUUCAAGCGCUGGACGAUUCGGGACUUCUUCAGAGCCUACAAAUCAGGAGAGACGACUCCUCUUGAGGUGGCGAGGAGGUUUCUCGCUGCGGCGAAGGAGACAGAGGAUCCCAAACUCCACAUGGCCUUCUUCAUCAGCUACAGCCACGAAGACAUUCUCAGGCAGGCAGAGGAAUCAUCACGGAGGUAUCACAGAGGCACCCCAAUUUCCAUGAUGGAUGGAGUAUUGGUUGCGAUCAAGGACGAGAUCGAUUGCAUGCCUUAUCCUACUACCGGAGGAACGAGGUGGCUGCACAAGGUGAGGCCGUGUAUCGAGGAUGCGAGCUGCGUCAAGCACCUGCGGUCUUGUGGUGCGAUCCUAGCGGGGAAGACCAACAUGCACGAGCUCGGCGCCGGCGCCAGUGGCAUCAAUCCUCACUAUGGGGCAACAAGGAAUCCUUACGACAUCAACAAGAUAUCUGGAGGUUCAUCAAGUGGAUCUGCUGCAGCAGUGUGUGCUGGGCUGUGUCCAGUUGCACUCGGUGUCGAUGGCGGAGGGUCUGUGAGAAUGCCUGCUGCACUAUGUGGCAUUGUUGGAUUCAAGCCAACUUCUGGUCGCUUAUCAAAUUCUGGGAUACUCCCACUAAAUUGGACAGUCGGAAUGCCAGGGAUAUUAGCAGCAACUGUUGAAGAUGCACUUAUAACUUAUGCAGCUAUUUGUGAUCAUCUUCCAUUUAGUCAACCAACAUUUUUACAGCCCUCAUUGAACUUUCCUCUGCUUGACUCCAUGCAGUCAAUCACCAACAUCAAAUUAGCCAAAUAUGGCAAGUGGUUUAAUGACAGCACAAUUGACAUUAGAAACUGUUGUGACCAAACUCUAAAGAUGCUAUCCCAGCAUUAUGGAUGGAAGAUUGUUGAUGUCACCGUACCUGAGAUAGAAGAGAUGCGCCUGGCUCACUACAUAACAAUUGGAUCCGAAUGCACUGCUUCAUUGGCUCCACAUCUUUCAAAACUUGAUUAUGCAGAAAUAGGGUGGGAUGCAAGAGUAGCACUUUCUGUUUAUGGUUCAUUCAGUAGCAGAGACUAUUUGAAUGCACAAAGAAUCAGGAACCGUCAGAUGUACUUCCACAAAGAAAUUUUCAAAAGGGCAGAUGUGAUUGUCACACCUACAACAGGUGUAACUGCAUACCCAUUACUAAGUGAUGCUGCGGACACUGGAGAACUAGAUUACAUAAAUGGAGCUGCACUUGUCAGGUUCUCGAUAGCAGGAAACUUCCUUGGAUUGCCUGCAGUUACCCUUCUGGUUGGUUAUGACAAGGGAGGCUUACCAAUCGGCCUUCAAUUUAUUGGGAGACCAUGGUCAGAAGCAACAUUACUCCAUCUGGCAUUCGCGAUGCAGACGCUAUGCAUUAAAAGCUACAAAAGGCCAAAGGUGUUUUAUGAUCUCCUCAAGAAAGAACAAGCAUAGCAGAUCAAUUUUUUUUUGCUUCCAAAAGAAAGUUGAAGCUGUGCAAGUACUAGCAUAUAUAGGAUAUUUAAUCGAAGCAGAAUUAACCUCAAUUGCCAGAAGAAUCAACUCGAAGGACUACCUUAUAGAAGGUCUUAUACUUGGCAUAUGCAAUGCUACCUUUGCAAAUGUAUCUAGCAAUAGAGGGAAAUAUUGUAUGUAACAGACUUCAUUCAAAUAUAUCAGUAAGUAAAUUUCA